GACGCUAACACACUUAUACCACAUCCAAACACAUGUCAGCUGUACUAUAACUGCAGUCAAGAGGUGUCUCCCCUUCCAACAAUGAACAUAACUAACACUCCCCAAAUUCCGAGACCUGCCUAUCUGCAUGAAUGUCUUUACCCUGAACUUUUCUCAACCAAUAUGUCCUGUCAAAAUUAUACAGACGUGAGAUGUGGGUCUAGAUAUGAAACAAAAAAUAAAUGUGACUACCUUGCAUUUAGCUUUUUGUACUUAAGCAUGUUAGGUGCAUCCAAUUUCUGCAAAUAUGUAACCCCUGACUGUGUUGGAUUUGCUGACGGAAUACACAGAAAUACAUAUAUUUCGCCGCUUGGAGGGGAGUAUUUUGAAUGUCAAGAUGAAAGAAAUAUCUAUAGUGGUCAAAAUCCUUGCCCAACAAACAUGGCACCUUACAAUGGGAAAUGCAUAGACCUAUUCGAAAUACCAGAAUCCUAUUGGCCGGUAGGAUAUGCAAUCGACUGCUCCAGUCGACCAAAUGGUAACUAUGAAAGUGAACAUGUUCAGAAGUGCGAUAUCUACUACACUUGUUUAAAUGGAAGCACCACGCUUAAAUACUGUGAUUCUGAACUAGUCUUUGAUUCAAAGUCGUCCUUCUGUCAGAAUACAACAAAUGUAUGUACUCCAUGCGGAUCAGUUGUGCACGGUUGUUAAUGAAAAUGUAGCGAUAAUAAUCCUAUUUUGUAAAUCU